GUGCCGGUGCAAGGUCGAAGAGAAUUUCCUUUGUGCGACGCCGUCAACAGAAGCCCCUGUGUGCUGACACCCAGCCGACAUCCCAUCUGUCGUCGUCGUCGUUGUCGUCGUUGUCGUCGCACCGGCACGCCUCGUGGACCAGUGACUGUACACAGCCCUCGCUGUCUUCUACUUCUGACUUCUCCGUUUCGACUCCGAGUUCUCCAUCUUCUGUCUCAAGCUCUCUCACCUCUAUCUCGCCGACCCCCACGCUCCGUUCGCUCGAUUUCCCCAAGCCUUUGACACACCUCCCUUACCUCGUUGUUCCCGAAACCCGGUUCCUCCAGUCAACUCCGUCUCUUCCGACCCUCUAUGAAGACCAAGAGUAUGUAUCAUUUCUCGACAUGUAUUAGAUUUUGCGUUUCUUCUCUUCUCUAUGCUCAUCUCUAUGCUUGCUUUGAUCCGUUAUCUUUAUUGCUUCCCUGCGCUCUCGGAUGUAAUUCUGUCUUGUGGAUUUAGCCUGGAUCUUUCUGCUUAUCGGUCGUCGUGCUUCGCGGGCACUGCCUAUAAUCACAAACGCUAUCACGGACUUCACAGGCACGGGUCACGCUUGACCUUGUGGCACCGCCGCCGUGGCGUUAUCGCAGCGCUCCCUGCGCCUCUUUCGCUUCCAUCGUUCACAUUCGCAGACCCUUUUAGGGCUUCUCACUACCGUUCCUUGUGUUCAUCAGCCUAUAGCACACAGCAUGCUAACGUUACCUUUGUUCUCAGCAGGUACUCGAGCUGUCGCCUGUCUCGGCUUCGACUUCACACCUUAUCCGCGUCCUCACGCGUCCGCUGCGCAAGGGUCAAUCUUCGCCGCCGGCGCGCGGCUCUUAGUGGUGGCCGGUGCUAGGCUGGGUGGUGUCCUCUCGUAUAGUCACAAUAAUUGCCUCCCCGAAAAGUGUACUCAUAAUAUUAGCAUCUCAGUAUUUAAAAUUGCCAGCGUUUAUUGGAGAAGUGUUUAUUUCUCAUCGCCGCCUCCGACGCUGCACAUGAGGCCUGAGGUGGUGGGAACUCAUCGACAUCUCUGAUGAUCACGCGUCCCCAAGGUCGCUACGCCUUGAGGAAUCUGAACUUCCAUGCAUACGACCUCAACGCUCCGCAUGAGCUCCCAACUUCGAAAAGUGAUACGUUCCCUUGCCUUGGAUCGCCAUUUAUCAUGGACUUUGACCGCUGGGUGUCUCAGUGCCUAAUGGACACUGUACAGCCCUGAGGCAUUUUUGGCACCUUGUACUACAAGGCUGUUGUAC